CCCGCAGCCCCAAAGAGCCUUGGGCACCGGGCUACCUAUGGGGCGGGGAGAACGGUGGUGGCGUCUCUAUUUCUGUUCCCUGGGAAUCCAGGCGCCUGGGUCGGGAAGUCCUUACUAGAGAAAGCGCAGCCGGCCCUGUGUUUUGAGAGUGUAUGUGCGUGUCAGGCUGCGCGUCUGGCCAUGCGUGUGUCUAGCGCGCUCCAAGAGCACCCUGAGUGUGCGCGUGCGCACCGCGUUCGGGCCCUUUUGCACAGAACUAGACAUUGAGGGUACUCGGUUGUAGCUUUCAAGCGGUUUACCGUCCAGCAGGAGAGAGACAAACUAUCCAGGAUGUCAUUUGUCAGAGUGCACCGUUACGGUCCCCGGGGAGGCGGAAGAAAAACACUGAAAGUAAAGAAGAAGAAAACUGCAGUGAAGCAAGAAUGGGAUAGUACUGUGAAUGAUCUGACAGUUCAUCGGGCAACUCCUGAAGAUCUGAUACGCCGUCAUGAAAUACACAAAUCGAAGAAUAGAGCAUUAGCACACUGGGAACUCCAAGAAAAAGCUCUGAAGAGAAAAUGGAGGAAGCAGAAACCAGAAACUUUGAAUCUUGAGAAAAGAAGAUUGUCUAUCAUGAAGGAGAUUCUUUCUGAUCAAUACCAGAUGCAGGAUGUGUUGGAGAAAUCUGAUCAUUUGAUGGCUGCAGCAAAAGAUUUGUUUGUUGAUUUUCCUCGUAGACGCACAGGGUUUCCAAAUAUAACAAUGGCUCCUGAUUCCUCACAGGGUCCCAUCAUGGUAAAUCAAGAUCCUAUCACCCAGGCUAUUCUUAAUGAAUCUGUCAUCGAACCUCAGGCUCUUAAUGAAGUAGAUGACGAAGGAGAAGAAGGAACAGUUAAUAGCCAAUCAGGAGAAAGCGAGAAUGAGUUGGAUAACUCUCUAAACUCUGAGCCUAACAUGAAUACAGACAGGUUUCUCCAUGAACUAAAGGAAGAGAAUUCUGAGUUAAUUAGUCAACUGUGGACUGAUAUUCAGCAGAAAAUGGCGACACAGUCACAAACAACCCCUGUAGGAACUCCAUCAUCUGUUCUUUCAUCAGGGGAACAAAGAGCUGCUCUGAAUGCUACCAAUGCUGUCAAGAGAAUCCAAACCAGGCUGCAACCUGAAGAAUCUACUGAGACUGUAGACUCAAGUUAUGCUGUGGGACAAGUGCUAAACUCAAGGAAGCAAAAACAGCUAUUGAAUAAAGUGAAAAGAAAACCAGAUUUGCGUGCUCCUUCCAAGCAGAAGAAAAGCAUGUUAUCAGGUAACACAGCCUCUGCAGACUUACCGAGUAGCAAUAACUGCAACUUGGAUGUCCUCAAACACAUGAUACAUGAAGUGGAACACGAAAUGGAAGAAUAUGAGCGGUGGACAGGACGCGAAGUUAAAAGACUGCAGAAUAGUCAGGGUCUUACAGGCUUCACCUUGUCGCUGGUGAGCUCCCUCUGCCGCCUCGUUCGGUACCUUAAAGAGAGUGAGCUCCAGCUACGUAAAGAAGUAGAAACAAGGCAGCAACUGGAACAAGUAUUAGGUGAUCAUCGAGAGCUCAUUGAUGCUCUGACAGCUGAAAUUCUUCUUCUUAGAGAAGAAAAUACCACUACACAGGCGAGACUUCAGCAGUACAUGGUCACAACAGAUGAGCAACUUAUAUCACUCACAUACGCCAUUAAGAACUGUCCUGUGAUAAAUAAUAGCAGACAGGAAAGUCAGGCAUCAGAAAGGGGAGCCACAGGUAGAAGAAUUAUGGAAAGUCCAGAAGGUCCAGUUGUAAAUGCUAAUGUCUCCGUGCCAUUGAUGUUCAGAGGGGAGGAAGUGGUUGAAUUCCCACAGGAAGAGCUGCCUGUUAAACUGUCUCAGGUGCCAAACCCCACAGAUAGCAUGAAUCUGGCCAACAGUUUCCCAGCACAUAUUUUUGAGCCAGCUGUAUUGUUAACACCACCCAGGCAGAAGAGCAACUCAGAAUUCUCUCCUCUGCAGGAUGUAUUGAGGAGGACUGUUCAACCUCGUCCUGCUCCACGAAUUCCUCCAACUGUGGAAAUAAUUGAGAAGGAACAAAAUUGGGAAAAGAAGACCUUACCUAUUGAUACAGACAUUCAGAGUUCAAGUGAAGAGAGUCGUCUUUUCACUCAGAGGUGGAGGGUCUCUCACAUGGGAGAAGAUUUGGAGAACAAAACUCAGGCUCCUGUUGUUAACCUCUCACAGCCCCUCUGCAAUUCCCAUUCCAGCGCUCAGCAAUUGAGAAACCCUGCGUUCUCAGAAGAGCCUCCAGUACUGGGAGAUGGGCAACAGCUUAGAACAAAUGAGGCAUUAAUACAAAGAAAGGACAUAAUGGCACGAAUUGCUGAGUUGACACUGCAGAAUUCAGCUAUCAAGGCACAUCUGAAUAAUAUUAUUGGGCUUGGGGGAGAGCAAGGGGAUGGCCUCCGGGAGCCGAACAAACAGGAAAGCGCGAGUGACAUGACUGCUACUUUUCCAGUAGCACAAUCUCUACCGCCAAGUAGCAUGGAGGAACGGAUUGCAGAAUUGAACCGGCAGAGUAUGGAGGCUCGUGGAAAACUACUGCAGUUGAUAGAGCAGCAGAAACUUGUUGGUUUGAAUCUUUCUCCACCAGUGUCACCUAUUCAGUCACCUCUCAGAGCAUGGACUGAAGAAGGAAAGAGGACAAUCGAGGUAUCUAUUCCAGCAGCAGAAGCACCAGAGAGCUCAAAAUGUAGUACUGUCUCUCCUGUGAGUGGGAUAAAUACAAGAAGAUCUUCAGGGGCUACUAGCAAUCCUUAUUCUCCAUUAAAUGCCACUUCAGGAAGUGGGCGAUUCACACCUCUUAAUCCAAGAGCAAAGAUUGAGAAACAAAACGAAGAAGGCUGGUUUGCUCUUUCUACUCAUGUGUCAUAAGUGAAGUUGAGUUUUACGGAGUUUGUUCUCAGUGAUUUAUUCUUGGCCUUCCCUUUCCCUUUCCCUGCUCCUUUCAAGUUUUUACAUCCUUCUUUCAAACAAAACCUCCAGAAUCCUGCAGAUUUUAAUACUCAUAGAACAGAGAAAAAAAGCAAUUCUUUUAAUUUUUGAGCUUUUCAAAUAUGUUUUCAACAGCCAACCAACCUACAACUCUUUGUGAAUAAAAUUUUGACUGUAGAGAAAUUAAAGUUUUAUAUUCUAAUGAUUUCUUAAGUGUUUUAGGGUUUUUUCUUGAGUAAUACCUUUUUACUUUUACCAUCUUUAUUCAGUUUUUUUUGAUCUAGUAUAUCUUAAAUAUUGAUCCAUUUCAGUUUUUUUCUCGAACUAAUUUGCUUUGCAUAUAACUUACAAUAAAAUGCUUCUGUGUGAUUAGAGUCUGGCUUUCAGAAAAAUGUAACACCUACUUUUGGUUUCUUUUUUGAUGAGAAGUCCCUGCUGUCCAUCACUUUUUCCAUCAAGUAGAAUAUAUAGCCUUAAAAAAUAAGCCUGGGGAUGUUUGUUUAUAUUUGCUUGAGCAGGUAAGAGUGGUUGUAUAUCUUAUAAAAUUCUCAUGUAGUUUUUAAAUGUGAAAAUGUCAUGAAUACUAGUAAUGUACAUCAAAUAAAUAAUGAUCAUAGAGCUCAAAUGUCUAAAUGCAGCAAUAUUGAUUUAGUGGCAUAUUUACUAUUUCAAACAAUUAAAUAGAAAAAGUUGCUGUCAGUUUUGCCAGCCCUGAAUUUAAGGAGAUCAUUCAGGAUAGAUUUUUCUUCAAAGCACCUGUUUAGUUUUCAGAGGUUGCUUUCUAUUUUAAACUUGUUUUUUGAAUGAUCUCUGCCCUUUGGUUCCAUGAUGGGAAUUCUCAAGCUGAGUGAGGUGGGAGUGGGAUGGGACAGAACAUUAAAACUGCUUGGGGAACUUUGCCUCUGCAGUUGUAAAUCACUGUUCUAGAAAGUGUCUUGUGUGACUUUCACUUGGGACUUUUAAUUUUUGUUGUGGCAAAAAUAAAAUUAUUUUCUUUUAUUACUGAUUUUAUUUAUGUGAAUUCAUCUGUAUUCAUUUGCAUUAUCACAAUUUCUUUCAUCUGUAUUGCACUCUUGAAAGUUGGUAUUGAAUAAAUGCUAUCCUUAUCUAGGAUAUAAGCCAU